AUGCCGAACAAACCCCGCAAAACAGCUAGGAGGGAGUGGCCAGAGGGGGUGCUAUGGCAGGGAAUUGGAAUGAAGCGUCUUGGGGCCCCCUAUUCCACAAUUACCAAAAUCCUCAAACUGCCCAAGUCAACCCUUGCCAAUGCCAUGGCAAGGUAUGAGAAGACUGGUCAGGUUAAAUCCACACCCAGGCAUGAGAGACCCAAAAUCACUACUGUUAGAGAUGAUAGACAGCUUCUCAUCUGCAGUAGACGUGAGAGGACAAUCACAUAUGAGCAACUCCGCCAGGAAUUCGCAGUGCAAAUUUCAGCUAGCACAAUCAAGAGGAGGCUAGCUACAUUUGGUGUCCACAAGCACAUCAUGGCUGAGAGACCCAAGCUGACCCCAUAUGAUGCAAGAAGAAGGCUACGGUGGUGCAUUGCACACAGACAUUGGGAUAUCAGAAGGUGGAGGAGGGUGGUGUGGAGUGAUGAGUGCAGUGUUGAGAAAUAUGCAGAUCCAUAUGUCUCUUGGGCAUUCAGAACUGCAAAGGAAAAAUGGCUUCCCGAGUGUGUUAAAGGUGUUAGGAAGUCAGGAGGGGUGUCAAAGAUGAUGUGGGCAUGCUUUGCCGGGGAAUUGAAGGGGACCUGUAAUGGGGUUAUGGUGGGUGAAGGGGGGAGGACAAAUGCAGAGGCAUAUGUCAGGACUCUUGAGUUCUGUCUCCUGGAUUUUUUGGCAGAGCUACAGGAGAAGGGUAUCAGACCAAUCUUCAUGCAUGACAACGCUAGGGUACAUACCGCCGACCUUACAACUCAAUGGUUGGAGCAGCAUGGGGUUGAAGUUCUUGAGGACUGGCCUGCCUAUUCACCUGAUUUGAACCUCAUUGAGCAUGUUUGGGUACACCUCAAGAGACUCUACCAUCAGCAUUACCCCCAUUUAGUAUAUGAUACUAGAUCACCUCAAGUAAUUAAGCCCCUCAUGGAGGAAGCUCUUAUUCAUUGCUGGGAACUGUUACCUGAUGAGUUAUUUGGUAGGCUGGUUGAAAGUAUGCCUAGGAGAAUUGAGGCUGUUAUAAAGGCAAAGGGUUGGUACACAAGAUAUUAA